AAAUUGUCAGUUAUUCCCCUUAUAAAAAAUUACGACAUUUACACUUCAAAAGUGACUGUCUGACUGAAGUCAAUUUAAUUAACAUUAAACACUUAAAUUAAUGCUUUAGAACAGACCUCUACACCAUGGAGCAGAUUAUUAACAUGGUUACUGGAUGUCUCAUCAUAAAAGAUGUUGAUGAAGGAGAAGACUCGGAUGAUGAUGGUGGGGAUGAUAUACAAUGGGUGGGGUACAAAGAGGUUUCUCAGCUUGGUAGAGGAAAAUCACUUGUACCAUAUGAAAAACAAAAAAGAGUAACAGGAGAGCUUAUUGAUCUUAAGACAGGAAGACCACGCAGUGUUGCUGGACCAUUUCAUUUCACAGACCCCUGGUGGCAGGCGACAAUUCUCAGAACAAAGAAGUCUAAGGGAAAGUUACUGGAACCGAAGGACUAUUAUUCGUUCUGUUAUAGACUAAGAGAUGAUGAGCGGAGGUUUACAGAUCGUGUAGUACAUUUGUUCUUGAGUAAGUUACAAGAUAGCUUGACGGAGGAAGAUGAUGCAGGGAACAAAAUCAACAUAUCUCCAUGGUUUUCAGCUGCCAGGAUGCAAUUUGAGACAUUCUUGAAACAGAGAGGUCAAUAUGAUGACCUUGACCUACUUAACAUUGAGGAGAGACUUGAAGCAUAUGUGGCAAGUUUUCCUGAAGAUGAACAAACAGAAAGUUCCUCACAUUCUCAGUUUAAAAAUGCCAUUAUAGACUCAGUUGAAUUCAGUUUUAUAAAAGCAGCAGAAUCAUAUCCAGAACUACUGCACUAUAUCCCACAACUGUUUCCUGGUAACUUUAAGAAAAUUAUCUCUCUGGAUGAAGAUAAACUUAAGAAACUGAAAACUAUGUUGACAGACAAUCCAGGAUUUCUAGCAUUUAAAGCAGUUGUCUCGAAGAAGUGUGGUAUUCUCGGCUGUGAAACAUCAUAUGAUGCACUGACAAAGUCUGGCUUGUUGAGCAAAGUUCCUCAGGAUGUACAAGAUGCUAUACUAAUGUAUGAGUUUAUCAAGAAGGAAACAAAGGAGAAUGGCCAUACAUAUGUACACUUCAGUAGAAUUUUAGAUGUUCUUGGACCAGUUGUUAUGCUGUUUGAAGAAGCAUUGGAAUUUCUGAACAAGAACAAAGUGACAAAGACAUUGGUAGAGAAUGGGGAAAGACAUGUUUUCCUGGUUACACUCUGGAUGGCUGAAAAUAAAAUAGCACAUGGCAUUAAUUCAUUGAUUAAACAAGAUGAGAAACAACCAUGGCUACUAGAGGUGGACUGGGAUACUGAAGAUUUUGACAGUAUAAGACAGGACAAUGACCAGCUGUUGGCAGCUAAACUUAUUGCCAGUAAACCUGUGGUAGCUAUAUCUGGUAAAGGUGGUUGUGGUAAAACAUAUGUGGUAACCAAGGUGAUAACUGCUGCCACAGCAAAAAGACAAAAGCAGACUGACGAUGAAACAAGUUUCCAUGGUGAUAUAGAAGCUGCAGACCUUGCUGAUAGGGGAGAUGACUCUUAUGAAUGGAAGGGAGACUAUCCUGAACAGAAGGAAGAAUGCCCGGAGAAAAUAGAGUUACUGUUAACAGCACCAACAGGGAAAGCAGCAAAUUUGUUGGGAAAAAGAGCUAAAUGUCCAUCAUUCACCCUGCAUCAAGUUAUCUAUAGCUACAGGAAUCAAAAACAUGACAUACCAUGGAAACAUAAGGAUGUUAACACACUGGUUGUAGAUGAAUGUAGCUUAGUAUCAGUGUCAACCUUCUCAUUUCUUAUAGAACUUCUACAGGAAAAUGCCAAACUCAGGAAAAUCAUUCUUCUUGGUGAUGUUAGACAGCUGCCCUCUAUAGAACCUGGCAAUUUCCUCACUGAUACAUUUAACUCAUUGUCUAGAAUAGGUUGUGGUGUAGAAUUAAGGAACAAUCACCGUGCAGAGUCAACGAGGAUUGUAGAAAAUGCUACAAAAAUUUCCAAGAAAAUUUACCCAGAAUUUUACCCAGAACAGUUCAGUUUGAGAAAAUUACCAUAUAGCAAUCCUUCAUCUAGUGGUGAUGAUUACACUUCUCAAGAUAUAAGUAUGGAAGUGAUGAAAUUAUUGAACCAUGAUUCACUUAAGGAUCAUGUUACUUCACAGUUUAUUAGCUUUACAAGGAGAGUAUGUGACAGUAUAAAUGACCUCUGUUGUAAGAGGUAUAGUGAUCAUCGUACAAAGGAGUUCGGGAAAAUGGUGUUCCGUACUGGUGACAAGAUUUGCUGUACAAAGAAUGGAUAUGUCAACUUGUAUGAGAAAAGUCAUGGUGUGAUGACAUGUCGUAGCCAGGAUACUAAAAAGAAGGUAAAGGAUGAGGAGAGUCAGGGUGGGGUUGAGAGAACUGUAAAUGAUGAUGAAGGUAUCAGUCUACUUGGAGAACCUGGAAAUCAGUCUGCUCUGGAUGGUUCCCUGGAUACAACUGCUGCUGGUUCCUCUAAAAACAACAAAGAUGGGUCUAGUAAAACUAACCAAAUAAGAUUAUGCAAUGGAGAAAUCUUCUUUGUUAUUGAGGAGCUUGAAACCAAUGAUGAUACUGGAAAAAUGCGAACUUUUCUACAGUUGUCUGACAAGGACCCUGAGCAAGAGUUUGUAUUUUGGGUAGAUAAAAAGCAGAUGAAGAAAGCUUGUAAGGUACAGCAUGCCUGGGCUAGAACCAUCCAUACAUUUCAGGGUUCUGAGACAGACAAUGUGGUGUAUAUAGUUGGUAAUGCAAGCUGGAGACAGAACUGGCAGCAUGUAUAUACAGCUGUAACAAGGGGACGUAAAUCUGUUUGUAUUGUUGGUAGAGAGGAUAUAUUGAGGAACGCAAUUAAACGGUCCGAGAUUAAACGUCAAACUAGUCUCAGGAAACAACUGUUGGACUUGUUACAGAAAAGCAAAGAUUUUAACACAACGGAAGCUAUGCAAACAUCAUGUAUGAAUAUCACAACAUUACAUCAACCCUCCACACAGACAGGUGCCAUAAAGAUAAACAACUUGUUUAAUAGGAAAACACAAUCAUAUAUUAACUGUCAACAACCAGUGAAAACUGAGAUAGCAAGUGAAUCAGGGGAAACAACAUUAAACAACACACAGAUGGUUACCGAUAUUUUGAGCUCCCUGGCAUGUGAACACGAUGGUAUGAAAGAAAACAGUGACAUUGAUGAAUUUGAUUCAGAUGACUCUGACAGCCUUUUUACCCAAAUCAAACCUAGUGCAAAUAAAGUUCAUUCAAAAUCUGCUGAUGUAAAAAACAGAUUAGGUGCUAGAAAUACUAGACUAGAUGUACAAACAGAAAAUAACCAUGGGUUUAUGUCUGGGCAAUUGUUUGGGGCAAAAAAUGAACAGAAAGUGAAUUUAUGUGAUAAAAAUGUAGACAAUUUUCAACAUUCCAGCACAGACAACUGUGAUAGUUCUGCUGUGAAAAGAAAUGAUAAUAUAGGACUAGAAGCUAGAGAAUCAGAGGUUGGAGAGGGGAUGGAGAGUCAAUCUGGACCAGAAUCAGACGACUCUCAGAGUUUGAUAUCCCCACCUACAACACGUGCUCGAUCACGUGCCAAGGCAGCUCAAGCAAAAAAUCAGAAAUGUGGUGAUGUAAAUAAUGCUCCAGAUUGUGUUCAAAGUAGGAUGAAAUCAGAUGUAAAUAACUCUAAUCAGAAUAAAAAUACUCAGGUAAAAGGAAGAAAGAACUCCAAGUUGAGUUUAAAUAAAGGCAAAAUGCCUUUAUCAUUUUUGGGGAGUCAGAGUGAUAAAACACCUUUGAACGUUUCUAGGAAUAGGAAAUAUAAGUAUACUAUACAGGAGAUAUCCUCACCCAUCACUCCUCUUUUAAAUAGAAACAAUUUCAGUCCAAACCUAGGAAAUGCACAGAGCACAAGCUCGCCAUUAAAUAAUGUGUCUUCAGACUAUCAUAGCCAUAUAAGGUCAGGUUUGUCACCUUUGACCCCAGGUUACAACGAGUCAUUCUCAGGAAAUAAAUCUUUGAUGUCAGAUUCUAGUAUUUUACAUUCAGAUGUUAAGAAAAGUGUAGCAUCAUUAAAUUCUAGUGUUCAACAGGCCAUUGGUAGAAGACUGAGUGAGUUAGAUCCAAUAAAAGAACCAAAAAGUAACGAGUCUGUGCAGUCACAAUGGUCCGAAAUAGAUGAAAGUGAUUACAUGAAACUCGCUGAUGAAUCUAAUAUAUUUAAAGCUGGAAACAUUUCAUGUGUAAAUGACUCAAGGGAAGUGGCCAAACCUGGUGCUAUAAGGAAUACAAGUUUAUCGUCAGUGAAACAGGUGCAUGGGCUUUCUUCUGUUCGUAAACAUUUAAAUUCUCCUAAUUCUACUAAUAUCUCCUCAAGCAGUCACUGGUCUGAAGUUGAUGAAGAACAGUAUAUGACCCUGGACCUUGAAGAUAUAAAUAGAAUGACAUUUAGUACUCAAGACAAGAUAUUUGAACAUAAUGAUGAAGAAUGUAAUGUUGCUGAUAAAACAAGGGAUACAUCUUGUGUCAUUAUGGAUAACAUGGACAGAAAUACUGAGCAAAGAACGCAACCUUCAGAUGAAAAUGAUUACCGGGAAAGUCCAGAUCUUUUUGAACCGGAAUCCCCAUCAAGUCCCUCUCUUCUUGAAACCCCACCAAGAAAAGCAAGUAGAAAACGAGGCCUUGAUACAUGUGCUAGUGAUAAUACAGAAGUUUCACCUUUGAAACGAUCAUUGUCAAAACUGAAAUUCUGAAGUUCUGUGUUCAUUAGUUUAAAAACUAUACAAACAUGACCUGAGCAAUAAUCAAUUUUGUUAUAGAUCAAUUUUGUGUUGUAUUUAAGAUAAAAUAUAUACUAA